UGCCACCCUUUUGGGGCCCAUGGUAAGCGGAGACGAGACCAAAGUGAGCCAGAAUUGCGUCUCGUCCAACUCUUCCACUGACAUUGGCGUUUAUGGUUAUGCAGAGAGGGAGCUCAACAGCUCAAGGACAUUAUUCCUUUCGGAAUUCUUGGGGAAGCAAGAACCCGGAACUACAGAUGAGGAGAUUAUGAACGGGAUUCGUUACGUCCGGCCGGGAAACAAUUUCCAGACGAACAUAACGUUUUUCCGCAAGAUUGAAGUCAACGGCGCUAACGACCAUCCCUUAUAUUCUUAUCUGAAAAAAAGUUGCCCGACGACUCGUGAUUUCUUCGAACCAAUCGCCAGACUCAUUUACAGUCCAUUGCGCAACAACGAUGUCCGCUGGAAUUUUGAAAAGUUUCUCAUCGACCGCAAGGGCAAACCUGUGAAACGUUACGAUGCCAGUACUCGGGUCUCAGAUAUGCGCGUUGACAUUGAAUCCCUUGUUUUCCCCUCUGUAGAAUUUGUUUAUGGAUCGUAAUCUUUUUUUUUUAACUUGCUUGUAGAUGUUUUUUUUUUUUGUAGAAGCAGUUGUUGUGAGGAGGAGAAAACGAGAUUGGCACGCGUGACGUAAUGACACUCCAGAUCUCAACCGCCCGAAAUAUGGCGGCGAUUUGGAGAAGAAGUUUGAAAUUCGGUUCGACUUGAAUUAAGGAUGUGACGGACGAGAGAUCAUUUACCAUCUCGCUCUCGUUUUCGUGCUCCCUUGUGCAUUCGGGGGCCGUCAGAUCCGGUUUCAGUCGCCGGUUUUGUCCGCUCGAGUCCGUUUCGUACUUUCUCUCGCCUCACGACGGCUGCGGAUGAAUACAUGACAGUUGAAGCAGCAA